AUGGAGACCCUGGAGGUAGGUCUGGUUCCCGCUCCGCCGAGGGAGGCGAGACUGACCCGCUGGCUGCGAAGAGGCAGUGGGAUCUUGGCGCACCUGGUCGCUUUGGGCUUCACCAUCUUUCUGACUGUGCUGUCCCGGCCAGGAACCAGUCUUUUCUCCUGGCACCCUGUAUUCAUGGCCUUGGCGUUCUGCCUCUGCAUGGCUGAGGCCAUCCUACUCUUCUCGCCUGAGCACUCCCUGUUCUUCUGCUCCCGAAAGGUCCGGAUCCGACUUCAUUGGGUGGGGCAGAGCCUAGCCAUCCUCUGUGCAGCCCUGGGCCUGGGCUUCAUCGUCUCCAGCAGGACCCGCAGUGAGCUGCCCCACCUGGUGUCCUGGCACAGCUGGGUAGGGGCUCUGACAUUGCUGGCUACGGGUGGUCAGGCACUGUGUGGGCUCUGCCUCCUCUGUCCCCGGGCAGCCAGGGUCUCAAGGGUGGCUCGCCUCAAGCUCUACCAUCUGACGUGUGGACUGGUGGUCUACCUGAUGGCUACAGUAACCGUGCUCCUGGGCAUGCACUCCGUGUGGUUCCAAGCCCAGAUCAAAGGUGCAGCCUGGUACCUGUGCCUGGCGUUGCCCCUCUAUCCAGCCCUGGUAAUCAUGCACCAGAUCUCCAGCUCCUACUUGCCAAGGAAGAAAAUGGAAAUGUGAGUUCCUCCGAACUCUGAAUCUAAAUGGGACAUUUGACUUGGACUUCAGUGGUUCCUUUGGUGACUUUCAAGGAUCCACUUCAGAAGUGGUAGGGUUUUUGUACUUCUUAGCUGGGCCAGGGGCUGCAGAAACCCAAACUGCUGUUGUUGACAGAUAACUCAAUGGGCCAAAAUGGGGAAAUGUGCUGGGCGCAAGUGGAAGGCGAUGGGGAGCUUGAUCCUGAAGCCUCCAAUCUUGAUGGGUGACAGAAGUGUUGGGGGGGCUGGUGAUGGUGUUGGCAGCCACUUCUUGCCUGCAUACCUGAUGAAAAGUCGAGUUCCUGUAACGUAUGAAUGGCAGACAUGGCUCUUUGGGUCACUUUGAGAAAGUGGUGUAGUGGAGAGAGCCCAUAGGUCUUGUUUACGGGGUAUGGUCCUUGUAGACUCUACUGUAUGACUUUAUGCAAGUCACGUGUCUCAGGACCUCAGUUUCCUCAUCUGUGUAAUGAGUGAUUGUUUCUUUACAAUCUCUAACAUUCGGUGUCUGUCAAGUUGACGUCACAGACUACCCUCCCAGCUCAGGACCACUCAGCAGACUCAGAAUGUUAAUUCUUACAUUCACCAUUCCCUUACCCCUCUCGAGGGACAGGUCUGCUCUCGUGGCCUUUCAGGAAUCUGUGUUGAUUUGGCCCCUGGACCAGGGCACAAGGGGUCAGGUGCAAUGGAGACAAGGGGCCCAGGUGAGGGUCUCCAGAACUCCAAGACAGUAAAGGCACUAAAGUCACUUUAAAGAUUUUAGAGGAGCAGAAGGGCUUAACUAAGCCUAUGGCUCCUGGCUGGGCUUCUUGGCCCAGCUAAGAACUUCCUUCCGCUCACCCCAGGAUCUGGGCUUGAAGCUGCAGGACAUGGGUGUGCUUCUUCCCCUGACAUCCAUUUGCAGUGGUAGAGCAUCUCAUGUUUUGUCCUUCUUAGGGCUUAGGUUCUUGCCUUAGCUUUGUGGAGCUGUUCUGAAGCAUUUAGAACAAAAUAAGAGCCAAGGAUGUGGGGCAGGGCCCUUCUGAUCUAGGGAAGACAAAGUCUCCCUGGUUCCCCUUCUUCCUUUGUCAGCUAAGCUUUCCUCAGUUGUUGUCUCUUGCCAGCUUUUUGGCCCAGGAAGGGGCUGAAUUUGGUGCCAGGUGGCAAAUGAAGACUGGGACCUCUUCCCUGCAAAGACCCCCUCCUUGUUCCAAACUGAAAGUAGGUCCUCAGACUGCUCUCAAUGGUCAGGGAUGGAUGCCAGACUGGAUAACUGCUGUCUGGCUCAGUCGGGGAGAUUGGACCCCCACAGAUCAUGGCAAGGACUAAAAAUGGUCGAGCCAGGAAAGCUGGUAUUGAGGUGGGUAGAAAGAACUCAGUGGGAACUCUGGGAGGCCUAGGGUGUAGGGCCUGGAGCUCUAGGUCCUGGGAGUAGAGGGAGCUGUUCCUAGAUGGGAAUAUAUUGGAAAGCCUAGGUCUUUUGAAGAUUCGAGACUUCCGCUCAGAAACAAGGAGGUUGGUAGGAUUCAACAGUACAGGAAUGAAAACUGCAAGGGCAGGUGUCCUCUGAGCAGACCUCACUAGGCUCCUCCUAGGUUAGAUGGCAUCUCUUAGGAGCUCUCCAGAUCCUGAGCAUCUAAAGGGGGUCCCUGCUUUGCAGAAGGGGGUUGUUCCUGUCUCUUUCAUUGCCCUUUCUCCUCUCCAACUCCCCAGCGUGGUCUGAAUUGGGAGAGCUGGUUACUGGGGCUGUGUGGGAAAGAUUCUCACCUAGGGUCACUUUGGUCACCUCUUGCGCAUCACAGCCAGUGCUGGGAGUCUCACGCUGUCUACAGCAGGGUGAGAGGGCCAGGUGAGGUUCACCAGCUUGCUCUGGGAGCCAAGCAGGCAAUGCCAUAAAGCCUGAGCCUGCCUGAGGUGUUGCCUCCUCCCAGGUGGUGCGGGGGCUGAUGGGCGGGCAGGCAGGCGGGCUGACAGCCGGCAGUUUGCGUGGGCAGUGCCAGCUGAUGUCUAUUCCCAGCCCUGGGAGGAAGGGGAAGUCAUUUAUAUUCUGCAGGAGGAAGGAGCCCCAGCUGUCACCUCUCUGACCAGUAGGCCUGGGGGGCAGGGGCACAGGGCAGAGAGGAGGGCACAGGUGGCCUCCUUGCGCUUAGCCAACCUGAUUGCAGUAUAGGGAGGAGGUCACCAGGAGGCGCCCUUCUUCCCAGAUGGCCAGACUGUGGGGGGACUCCCCCCCCCUUCCCCUCUUUGCCUUUCUCCUUCCAUCACCACCUGCCCUCACAUCCUGGGGCAGCAGCUGGACAACCGUUAGUCCUCAGUGCCAGGGCAUUCUUCCUCCAGCUGGGACCUAAUUGGCUGCCAGCGGCAUAUGCAGUUUCCUCCCCUCUGCACCCUCCAUCUACACCCCCGCCCCACCUCCCUGUGUCUCCCCAACUGGGAUAUUAGCUGGGCUCCUCAGCAGUGAGGCAGAGGCCCUGGGGGAGAAGCAAAUAGCUGCCCUUUUGCCCUUCUCCCCUAGCUAGGGAAAGCUGCUAGUAGUCAGCCUAUUUUACCUUUAAAAAAAAAAAAAAAAAAAAAGCCAGGGUGCUCAAGUUUUUAAAAAUUUCGAGUCAUUUGCACAAAUUUGCAUAUCAGGCUCACUAAGUCCUGAUUCCAAAUAUGAUUACAUUCAAACUCAACCUUGAGGACAUUAGAAACAUAGAUGGUUUUGUAUCCAAAUCCAAAUGGUAAUGGGAUUACCAUUCUGGGUUCAGAUACCACCCCCAGGCCCGCAUGUUUCCCACAGCCACCCCUUCCCGCGGCCCCACCUCCCUGGCCGGGGGUGGUGUUGAAUGGCAGGAGCUGUGUCUGGGGAAGUCUUCCAGCCUCACCUUCUUGGCGGCUUCAGCGGCACAGAGGUAGGCUGCUGUUCUCGCCAGCCCGUGACUCCUUUCUCCCCACCCUCUUAGAGGACAGACUACCCCUCCCCACUCCUUGACCCUGGCCUGUCCCUUCUUUCUCAUUGUCCCCACCUUUCUACCCCCGUGCAUGGCUGCUAUGGGUCUUGUUUUUAAAACCUCUCUGUGGGAGAUCCAGGCAUUCUCCCUGAGCCAGCUGGCUGAUAUGCCAAGGCCUGUUCAGAGUUAAUAAUAAUCAUUAGCUGAAUAGUGCUGAGGCCUUUCAGCUCCAGAUCUCUAAGCACUUGCAGGCUGAGUCAGCCAGCCCUCACCUUCCCCUUCUUUGGGGGCUGCAGACAGGGGGAGGGGUCAGGAGUUGCACCUCUCAGCCAAGCCUUGAGGCGUCCUUUCUCUGGGAGUGGGCCCUUUUUACCUGACGAAGGUCAAGAUGUAGAGCACACAGUGUAAGUUCCAUUGACACUGGUAGUGGCCGUGGUGGCUGUUGACCUUGAACUUCUAGUUCUCCUGCCCUUCCUUCUGUUGACCUGUCUUGGCCUCCAGAGGACACCCUUGGUCCUGACUCCCCGCCCUGCCCCCACACUUCUGGUGGCCCUCUGCAGGCUUAGGGAGCAGGGAAACAUCUGGUUUAGUGCUCCUGCUGUCCUAUGUCUGGUUGUCUGGUUGACAUAAAGGGCCUGUGUAUCCUGAAGUGGAAAGUGCGUCCUGGGAGCUAGGAAACCUCCAGGCUGGGUUUACUCAGCCCCUAACACUGGCUUGGCUACAGGCAAAUCACUGACUGCCUGACCUACCUCAUAGGGGUGUUGUGAGCGCUCAAUGACAGAAUGCAUGUUAACAGGCACUGGAAAGUUCAAAGCAUUGAACAAAUGUAAACAGGUGGUAUGAUAUUCUUGUCCUUAUCUCUUUCUCGCUCAGCCUGGCUCUGGGUUUUACACUUCUUUUAGGGAGGCAAUAAAAGGUUAAUGGAUAAUGAUGCUUACGGAA